AUGAAAUUGGAGUCGUUCGAUUCGCAGUCACCAGUGCGCGGUACGGCGACGAUGUCCUCGUCGCAGUCCCAGCAGCAACAGCAGCAGCAAUUCCACCUUGAUUCAUCCUCGGUCAUCAAGACCGCACCACCAGGUCGCGGUCAGCAACAACAGCAACAGCAUGACUUCUCACCGAAGAGUGAGCCGAUCGACCUGGCCCCGCUCAGUCAGCCGAGCCUCCAGGAUUUGAGCAAGAUGCAGCCAAUCGAGCAGUACUAUUCGAUGCCCAGCUACAGUCGCGUUUAUACUGACUAUGCGGCUAUCGGACUGGCCCAGGGUCAGACCUCGAUCAUCGCUGCUCCCUCAAGCGCUGCCCCCCUCUACUACCCGACCGUCUUCCAGGGUGCCGUUACGGCACACGAAUGGCAACGUCCGAUGGAGCAUUAUCAGCAGCAGUACCAGCAACAGCAACAACAACAGCAACGAGCCAGCACUCUACAGUACCCACAAGAAGUACCACAACCCCAACAGCAGCAGCAACAACAGGAACCCAGGGUAUACAAAGCUACGGUGGAAAUGCCAUCCCCCGUGGACAGCGGAAUCGGCGCUGACCUCUCCCUCAUUGCCAGCAAAAGUGAAGAUUUUUACACGGCAACCGAGGUGCUGCACGGUAUACAAGCUGCAACAAGCGAUAGGACAGAGCGAUCCCUCAGUCAUCGCGACUCCCCUGUUAUAAUCCCCAAACUGUGA